AUGCACUGCGGACUGCCGCGUAUGACAAUCAGGCAUCGGAGUGUCUGCUCGGUCUGCUGAGGCGGUUUGGGAGGUGGUUGCCAUGGAGCCGGCCUGGCGACAGCAGGGCAGGGGGCGUGGCCGAGGUCAGGAUGCUCAGGGUCAAAGGUCACGCCCCCUGCAGAAGGAGAGGCCGGCUGCUGCUGGACCAGGACCCAGGAUGAAGACAAACUCGACUCCUGAACCUCUGCAGGGAGAGUCCAGGUUCCAGGAGAUCCAAAAGUCUAACCAGGCUGCUGCCAAGAGGCUGGUGGAGAACCACCAUGUCAGCUCCUCUUCCUCUGAUGAAGACAACGAUGAGGAUGAUGAUGGAGACCAGCAGAGAGGGAAGAUCCUGGAGUCCACCUUCACCUCCUACACGGUCCAGACAGACGGAGACUCUUCGGGUCUGCUCAGAACCGGUCAGUACGUCAGCGACCUGUUCCAGUCCGGAGCGCUCACCUGUCUGAUCUGCAUCGCCUCCGUCAAGAGGACGCAGCCGGUGUGGAGCUGCUCCGGAUGCUUCUCCCUCUUCCACCUGCCCUGCAUUCAGAAAUGGGCCAGAGACUCCGUCUUCCUCAUCUCCUCCAUCACUGAUGAAGACUUCGGUCAGAAGCAGCACCCCUGGCCCUGCCCCAAGUGUCGGACAGAAUAUCCUCCCAGCUCCACGCCCAACAGGUACAUGUGUUACUGUGGGAAACUGCAGGAUCCUCCAGCUGAUCCAUGGCUGGUUCCUCACUCCUGUGGCUCUGUGUGUCAAAAGGAGCUCAAACCUGUCUGUGGACACACCUGUCUGCUGCUCUGUCACCCUGGUCCCUGCCCCCCGUGUCCAAAGAUGGUGUCAGUGUCCUGCAUGUGUGGUAAAGCUAAGCCCCUCCCCCGUCGCUGCAGCAACAAGCCGUGGUCGUGUCAGCAGUUGUGUGGGAAGCUGUUGUCCUGUAAACAACACACCUGUUCCCAGCCGUGUCACACAGAGUGCUCCCCCUGUCCCAGGGUCAGCGUUCAGAGCUGUGUGUGUGGUCUACAGGAAGCACAGAGGCCGUGUGCCAGCCCCCGCUGGAACUGUUCUCAGGUGUGUGGAGCUCUGCUCACCUGUGGGAAUCACACCUGUGAGGUCAUGUGUCACGACGGAUUCUGUCCUCCGUGUCCUCGCUCCGUCAGCCGGUCCUGUCCCUGCAGCAAGACCAAGUCAUCUCUGCCGUGCACAGAGGAAGUGCCGCCAUGCGGGGACACGUGUGACCGCCGUCUGUCCUGCUUGAAACACACCUGUUCAAUGAGGUGUCACCGAGGGAGCUGUGAGACCUGCAGACAGGAGGUGGAGAAGGAGUGCAGGUGUGGCAAACACAGGAAGUUGAUGCCGUGUCAUAAAGAGUACCUGUGUGACUCCAAGUGCCCCAGAACCAGGAACUGUCAGAGACACCAGUGCAGGAGGAAGUGUUGCCCCGGUAACUGCCCCCCCUGUGAUCAGAUCUGUGGUCGGACUCUGGGCUGUCGGAACCACAAGUGUCCCUCCGUGUGUCACCAAGGUAGCUGCUACCCAUGUCCAGAGAUGGUGGAGCUGAGCUGCUCCUGCGGUUCGACAGUUCUGCUGGUUCCGUGUGGGCGGGAGAAAACCACCAGACCACCUCGCUGCAAGGAGCCGUGCAGGUCCCCGCCCUGCUGCCACCACCCGACCAGAGAGUGUCACCGGUGCCACCCGGGCCCCUGCCCCCCCUGCAGACAGCUCUGCCUGCUGCCCCUGCCCGGCUGCAGCCACACCUGUCCUGAGUCCUGCCACGACCUGGUGCUGGUCCGGUCCCAACAGGUCCAGUUGGCGGGUCCGUGGGAGCAGCCAUCAGAACCAGCCUUUGUGAAGAAAGCUCUGCCGUGUCCAGCGUGCCAAGUACCCAUCCCAACGUCCUGUUUUGGAGAACACGAGGUCAGCCCGGUGCCGUGUCAUCGUCAGGGUCGGUUCUCCUGUGGACGGGCCUGUGGACGUCCUCUGGUCUGUGGGAACCACAGCUGCAGCCUGGAGUGUCACCUGGUUACCAACGGCAACAAGUGUGAGGUGUGUGAGGAGAGCUGCAGUAAGCCCCGCCCACCAGGCUGUCCACACCCCUGUCCCCGCCCCUGUCACCCUGGAGACUGCCCCCCCUGCUGUCACAUGAUCCGCCAGCGCUGCCACUGCAGGAUCAGCAUGCUCUACGUGGAGUGCACGAAGUUAUCAUCAGCUGAUGAGCAGACGAAGGUACAGCUGAGCACCUGCAACAACCAGUGUCCUAAAGAGCUGAGCUGCGGCCAUCGCUGUAAACAGGUGUGUCAUCCAGGUGUGUGUGAGGAGAGCUGCCAGCAGAAGGUGAAGCUCCGCUGUCCCUGCAAGAGGAUCAGGAAGGAGGUGGUGUGUUCUUUGCAGGCUCAGUGUGAUCUUCAGUGCGACGAUGUCUGCAGAGACCAGCAGAAGAAAGUCAGCCAGGUGAAGGAGGCGGAGCUAAGAGCAGCUGAGGAAGAGGAGCAGAGGAAGCUUCAGGAGGAGCUGGAGGCCUUCGAGAAGCGUCAGCAGAGAGGAGGGCGCAGGAACAAGAGGAAGAGGAGGGAGGAGGUGGACGACGAGCAGGCCAGGGUGAGGAGGUGGUGGAGGAGGUGCGCCGCCUUGGUCCUCGUCCCUCUGGGCGGAGUCCUGCUGUCCGCCGCCGCCUACUUCCUGCUGACCUCCACCUGAAGGAGGCGUGGCCUCCUCCACUGCUCCUGCUUUCUGCUUUUAGGCUAGAACCGAUCCAGAUGUUUCCAGAUGAGAAGAGUGUCAGGUUGAGUUUAAAUAAUCCAACAUCAGCUGUUCCUAACAGCUCCCACGAGACAGGAACCAGAACCGCCUGGACCGUCUGGACCAUCUGGAUCUACAGCAGCAGGUCGGCUUCAACGAGUCCUUUGAUGUUUGAGUCAAACAGGAAGUGAUGCUUGGUCUCAAAAUGAGUUUGUUUUUGGUUCAUCAAU